AUGGCAGAGCGGGACCGAGAGGCUCCCGCGCGGUGCUGCUCCUACCACACUGUGCAGAGGCGGCUCCCUGUCCUCGGGUGGCUGCCCCAAUAUUCUCUGUGGUGGCUGCAGCUCGAUCUCCUCGCUGGCGUGACCGUGGGCCUGACGGUCGUGCCGCAAGCGCUGGCCUAUGCCGAGGUGGCCGGCCUGCCAGUCCAGUACGGUCUCUAUUCCUCCUUCAUGGGCUGCUUUGUCUACUGCCUGCUGGGGACCUCAAAAGAUGUGACGCUGGGUCCAACGGCCAUUAUGUCGCUGCUGGUCUCUUCCUAUGCGUUCCAUGACCCUGCCUAUGCCAUCCUGCUGACCUUCAUGUCAGGCUGUAUCCAGCUAGCCAUGGGUCUCCUGCACCUCGGUUUCCUACUGGACUUCGUUUCCUGCCCCGUCAUUAAAGGGUUUACCUCGGCCGCUUCGGUCAUCAUUAGCUUCAACCAGGUCAAGAACAUCCUGGGGCUGCACAACAUUCCACGACAGUUUUUCCUGCAGGUGUAUCACACCUUCCAAAGAAUCGGGGAGACCAGGGCCGGGGAUGCUCUCUUGGGGCUGGUCUGCCUGGCCGUGCUUGUGGGGCUCAGGGCGAUGAAAGGCCACAUCCCCAGGAUCCAUCGGGUGGAGCUGUUGUCCGUCAGGAUCAGUCGUCUUAUCGUCUGGGCCACAGCAACAGCUCGCAAUGCACUGGUGGUCCUGUUUGCUGGCCUGGUCGCCUACUCCUUCCAGGUGAUGGGCUCCCAGCCGUUCACCCUCACUGGGGAGACGCCCCAGGGGCUCCCUCCCUUCCAGCUGCCGCCUUUCUCCAAGGCCGAAGCCAACAGCACUGUGCCCUUCAGCGAGAUGGUGCAGGACCUGGGAGCUGGACUGGCUGUGGUGCCGCUCAUGGGCCUGCUGGAGACCGUCGCUAUUGCCAAGGCCUUCGCCUCGCAGAACAAUUACAGAAUUGACCCCAAUCAGGAGCUGCUGGCGAUGGGCCUCACCAACCUCCUGGGCUCCUUCGUCUCCUCCUACCCUGUCACCGGCAGCUUUGGGCGGACAGCGGUGAAUGCACAGACAGGCGUGUGCACCCCGGCAGGGGGGCUGAUAACAGGGACCCUGGUCCUGCUCUCUCUGGCCUACCUGACCUCGCUCUUCUAUUACAUUCCCAAAGCGGCUCUGGCUGCUGUGAUCAUUUGUGCCGUGGCCCCGAUGUUUGACGCCAGGAUCUUCAGAACACUGUGGCGGGUUAAAAGGCUGGACCUUGUGCCGCUGUGUGUGACGUUCCUGCUCUGCUUCUGGGAGGUUCAGUACGGCAUCGUGGCCGGCAUUCUGGUCUCCGGCGUUCUCCUGCUCUACACCAUUGCCAGGCCCAGGAUCAAGCUUUCAGAGGAGGGGGUGCUUCUCAUGCAGCCUGCGAGCGGUCUGCAUUUCCCCGCUGUUGAGUCCCUCCGAGAUGCCAUGCACAGAUGGGCUGUGGCAGUGUCUCCGCCACGCUGCGUCAUCCUGGACUGCACCCACGUCAGCAGCCUGGAUUAUACCGUGGUGAUGGGGUUGGCAGACCUGCUGCAGGAGUUCCAGAAAAGGGGCGUCACCCUGACCUUCUCUGGCUUGCAGGGCCACGUUCUCCAAGUCUUGCUGUCUGCAGAUCUGGAGGGAUUCCAACACUUCCCCAGCGUGGAGGAGGCGGAGAAGGGCCAUGGCGCAGAGCUGGAUGGCAGGCGCCGAGUCCUGCUUCACAGCGCCAGCGGGAACAUGCUGCCAGCGUCCGGGCUCAUCCAGUGA